CACACUCGCACACCAAAAAAAAAAAAAAAAAGUCCCAGAAAGGAGAAAAGGCUGUCAUGGAAGCUCCAGCUAUUUUCUCUCUCCUUCGCUGAAACGAUGAGAAAAGUUGAUUAGUCGGGAAGCUUUAAAGAUUGGAUAACGCGACCAUCAUGCUGUAGUCGUCGAGCAGUGGAUCUUGUUUGUUCGUGACAAAACUCGUCAUCCAGAAGAUCCUACAACAUGUCCAUUCAUAAACUUCGACAGUCCAACAAACAGGAUAGGAAAAGUAGUUUCUUCAAGUUGAUUGAGUCCUUCGCUUUGGAAAUCGGCACUUUGAAAAAGGAGAUGGGAAAAAAUCCUGAGAGACCAGAAGAAGACCACAAGACGGACCCGAUGCUUGGGAUGGGUGAAGAAGUAGGAGGGCUUUUUUUGCAGGCAUCCCCCUGUGCUGGCAUGGGGACAGGACUGGCUGGAGCAAGAGAUUCAGGCUAUGACUCCCUCCAUCGGCGACUAAGUGUGCUGGACAGAUUAGUCAAGACACAUCCUGUUUGGCUCCAACUGGACUUAAACCACCAGAAUGCUGGAGAAGUGCUGCAUAGCCAACAACCUGGAGCGUUUGUGGUGCGGAGGUCAUGCAGCCUGCAGAAAAAGGUCCUCUCCCUACGUAUGGACAAGAACUCUCCAGUUCCUGUAAAAGACUUUGUCUUUAAGGAGAGCCAGUACACUUUCUCUUUGGAAGGAUCAGGCCUGAGCUUUGCAGACUUAUUUCGCCUUGUGGCUUUCUACUGCAUCAGCAGGGAUGUGCUUCCCUUCACCCUGAAGCUCCCAGAGGCCAUCGCUUUGGCUAAAACAUCUGCUGAGCUUGCAGACCUGGCAAAACUUGGAGCAGGUUUCUGGGACACUGAUUGGUCCAACAAGAGGAAGUAUUCAGACAUACCACCUCACCCUAGCUCACUCCCUCUCUCUGUCGCACCUGCUCCUGGUUGCUCUCGGCUUCGAACUCGUACCCCAUCAGAGCUUGAGUGCUGCCAAUCUAAUGGGGCUCUUUGCUUCAUUAAUCCUCUUUUCAUUAAGGUUCAUCAGCCGGAUAGCAACCAGACCCCUGACUCUGUUUUUCCUGGUAUGAGUAAAGACCCUCUUAGCCCAGGAACCGACACAUGUGGCUUUAGUGGUGACUCUCCUGCAGGCUGUAACCCUAAAAUUAGUGACAACAAACCACAGAGCCUUGGCACGAACACUAUACUACGACAAGCGCAAAAGAAGCAAAGUGGUGUCAUCCCAGAAUCACAGUGGCCUCCAGCCCGUCCGCCUCCACCUCGCCGAUCACCAACUUCCAUCUGGCAGCACAGCAUGCCGGAGAAAAUUCCUUGGCUUAAUGUUCCCAAAGAGAAGGUGGAAGAGAAAGACAGAGGCAGCAGCCUUUUAUCCCGUCUUGGUUCUUCACUGAGCAUCAACACCUCAUCAUCUCCUCCUAAGAGACUCAGCAUCAGCUCUCCUAUCUCAAUCCCCAGACCCUCGCUGCCUAUCUCUUUAGCUUCCCUGUCCUCCUCGCCUCGCAGACCCAAGUCUUUACCAUUUUCCUCCCUGGACGAUGUCCAAUGCCACUUGGCCCUCGAGGAGCAGACUAUUGAGAAGGCCCUUCUUAAAGCCAGACUAUCUCAGCAGAAUGGCACUGCAGCUCACAGCCAGCCCUGCAGCAGUCUUCCGGAAUCUUCCACAAUGACUAUAAGUAAACAAGCAGAAGUGCGAGGAACAGGAGGAGAGGCUGGAGAAGAAUGCAAUGGGCGUCACCAGCGUCUGAGCGACAUGAGCCUUUCCACGGAUUCUUCCGAUUCUCUUGAUUCCUCUUUGUCCUUCUUCCUACCUCCUCUUCACGACCCCAGUCCGCCCACUGUGGCUGAUUUUAAUGCCCACCUUCCCCUUUCGCUUCCCUCCUCCCAUCUUCUCUACUCCAGCAUGGAGGAAGAUGAGGACGAGGAGGAGGAUGAAGACGAAGACGAACAUGACUACGGUGUCAGUGUGGAGAGCGAUCAGGACCAAGACCAGGACCUGACCAUGAUACCGCCGGGGUGCAGGACAAGGCGUCGCCCCAGUGCUAGCGCCUUGGUCCUUCAGAAAGCACUGCGAGGUCAGCUACGCAAGGUGAGCGGCGUUUUUAACUCACUGUUGACGCCGGAAAAGCGAGCCAUACGUAGGGUGGUGGAACUGUCCAGAGAUAAGGGCUCCUACUUCGGAUCCUUGGUGCAGGACUACUUGAGCUACAUGGGUGAGGGCGCAGGCGCCCAGACCUGGCAAAGUUUUGCUUCUGGUCUGGAGCUUCUUCAGACUCUGCGUCAGUUUAUCACUCAAAUGAAGAGUUACCUGCGUCAGAGCUCAGAGCUGGGAUUACCUAUUGAGAGCCUCAUACCUGAAGAACAAAUAGACCCUGUCCUAGAGAAGGCCAUGUACAAGUGCGUCCUGAAGCCACUCAAACCUAUGGUUAGCGCUGCGCUGCGGGAGUUCCAGGUGCGCAGCGGCGAAUGGCAGGAGCUGAAGGAAAACAUGUCUUUGGCGAAGGCCCGGCCACCACAGGAAAUGGGAGUGGACGACGCGGUGCCGCCGGACCCCGUCGCCAUAGAAAAGAUCAAGUACAAGUUUGACAACAUGUGCAAGCUGUACUCGCCUGAGAAGAAGGUCACCAUGCUGCUGAGAGUUUGCAAACUCAUCUACACCAUCAUGGAGGACAAUUCAGGUCGUCUGUAUGGUGCAGAUGACUUCCUGCCAAUGCUGACAUAUGUGUUGGCACAGUGUGACAUGCCCCAACUGGACAACGAGAUCCUUUACAUGAUGGAACUGCUGGACCCCUCACUGCUUCACGGAGAAGGUGGCUACUACCUGACCAGUGCUUACGGAGCGAUGUCUCUGAUCCGGAAUUUCCAGGAAGAGCAGGCAGCCAGGGUGCUGAGCUCUGAAACCAGGAAUACUCUUCGCCAAUGGCACAAACGCCGCACCUCUUUGCACUCAACACCUUCCUUCGAUGACUUCCAGAAUUACCUACGGGUGGCGCUGCAGGAGCUGGACAGCGGCUGCACGGCCAAGACCCUCCAUGUGGGACCCUACGCCAACGUGGAGGAGGUGUGUCAGCUCUGCGCCCGGAAGUUCAAAGUGUCGGAACCCGACAAGUACGGCUUGUUCCUGCUGACGGGUGGCAGCAGCCAGCAGCUGGCGCCAGACACCCACCCUCAGAAGAUCAAGGCGGAGUUGCACACCCGCCCGCAAGCUUCCCCCUUCCAUUUUGUCUAUCGCCGCUUGGCCGACAGCAGCCCCUUGCCGACAGCUCCUAUCCUCGACAACCACAACGUGACCUCUGAACCCCAGGUUAACCUACACAACCUCACGACAGAACUUCCCUCCCCUGACUCAGGCCUUAGCCUGUCCUGUUAGUAGACCUGCUUAUCUACCCAGUAAAAUUCUGGCAUUAAAUACAUCCUAUUAUAGUAUAUGUCAUAUAAUAUUAUACCCGAUGUUAUUUAAUAGAAAAAAAAAGUGCCGGUCUUUACCAGCUAGACUUUAACAAGGAUAAUAUUUCAUCAGAUAUUUGUACUUUGCUCUCUUGACAGGCAAAUUUAAUGAAAUGGAGCCUUUAAUAGGCUGUUAUGUGGUUUUUAAUUUGAAAAAAACUAAGUAAUGUGCCAAUAACCCAUAAAAAGCCAUUUAAAUUACAUGAUUGAUGGAACACAUUGAACACAUUAAAUUAUAAUUGAUGUGAAAUAUGUUACAUCUAUACAUGCAUUCAAAUAUAUUCUUCAUUUGACACUUUAUAGUGUAGUACAAAUGAACUUUGAAUUGAACAUCCAUCCAUCUAGCCCGGAAAAGGGUGGAAUGCCAUCUCCGGGUUGGGGAGGAGACCCUGCCCCAAGUGGAGGAGUUCAAGUACCUAGGAGUCUUGUUCACGAUUGGAGGAAGAGUGGAUCGUGAGAUCGACAGGCGGAUCGGUGCGGCGUCUUCAGUAAUGCGGACGUUGUACCGAUCCGUUGUGGUGAAGAAGGAGCUGAGCCGGAAGGUAAAGCUCUCAAUUUACCGGUCGAUCUACGUUCCCAUCCUCACCUAUGGUCAUGAGCUUUGGGUCAUGACCGAAAGGAUAAGAUCACGGGUACAAGCGGCCGAAAUGAGUUUCCUCCGGCGUGUGGCGGGGCUCUCCCUUAGAGCUAGGGUGAGAAGCUCUGUCAUCCGGGAGGAACUCAAAGUAAAGCCGCUGCUCCUUCACAUUGAGCGGAGCCAGAUGAGGUGGUUCGGGCAUCUGGUCAGGAUGCCACCCGAACGCCUCCCUAGGGAGGUGUUUAGGGCACGUCCAACCGGUAGGAGGCCACGGGGAAGACCCAGGACACGUUGGGAAGACUAUGUCUCCCGGCUGGCCUGGGAACGCCUCGGGAUCCCCCGGGAAGAGCUAGACGAAGUGGCUGGGGAGAGGGAAGUCUGGGUUUCCCUGCUUAGGCUGCUGCCCCCGCGACCCGACCUCGGAUAAGCGGAAGAAGAUGGACAGAUGGACCAUCUAGCCACUUGUCCCUUUUGGGGUCGCGGCGGGUGCUGGAGCCUAUCCCAGCUGCCCUCGGGCAGAAGUGGGGGUACACCCUGGACAAGUCGCCAUCUCAUCGCAGGGCCAACACAGAUAGACAACAUUCACUCAUUAGGGCCAAUUUAGCGAACACAAUCAUUGAAAGACUGACAGUGUCUCAGCAUCUUUGUGACAUAUAGUAGACUUUCUGUAGCAAUAUAAAGGCUAAAAGCUUUUGUUAGCUUGUUUUCUAUGAAUACACUGGAUAAAUACAGUAAGAACAGGUGAAUUGUAAUAUCUGACUCAGUUCCCUUAGGGUACUCCGGCUUCAUCCCCCUCUAAAAACAUGCACCUGGGGAUAGGUUCAUUGACAAGACUAAAUUGACCCUUGUGUGUGAAUGUGAGUGUGAAUGCUCUCUGUCUAUUUGUGUUGGCCCUGCGAUGAGGUGGCGAGUUGUCCAGGGUGUAUCCCGCCUUCCGCCCAAUUGUGGCUGAGAUAGGCCCCAGCACCCUGGCAACCCUGAAAGGGAUAAGCGGUAGAAAAUGGAUGGAUGGAUGGACUAUUAAAUCAUUGCGAUUGUUACAUUGAUUCAAAAGGGGCUUAAACGGUAUUAAUUAAGCUUUUGGAAAUGAGCUUGUUGCCUGACAGGCUAUCAUUUUGCAUUUACAGCAUUUACCUGACUGACAUGACCUAAAUGUUUCCUACACUUCACUUAGGGACACAUUAAAGUACUAUGGCUUCUUAUAGGUUAAAAAAGUGGCCACUGACUGAUGACAUCAUCAUUGUUGUGCUCCUUGCAGUUGCUGGCUAACUGUUGAGAUGUGCCUUCAAGCCUUUCCUUUGAAGUAGCGACACCCAGUGGUUGCCUAUGUGCACUACAAGUGCGCAACUUGGUAGCAUUCUAAAUUUGAUGACAAUUAUGUACAUGAAGCUGCCAUCGUCAUUACAUCAUUUUUAUUAUUAUUAUUAUCAACAUCAACGCAGCUGCUGCUUUAAAUGGGAUUAUUGAGCAUUAACACUUUAAAGAAAGCUUUUAAUUUAUAAUGCAAGUAAUGUGGACCUUGCAGACAAGUUUGCCAGUGGUAUUGAUCGAUGUAACUAACUCCGCAUAGUGUUGCUAUUCUACAGAGCAUCUUCAGCUGCCUUCAGAUCUGUCAUGGCGGCCCUCUAUGUGCUACUGAAACAUGCAUUUUGUACAAAAAAGAAAGGAAAAAAAAUCAUACUAACUGGUUAAAAAAUGGCCGGUUUUCUAAAGCAGAGAUGCAAUAAGAGGUUUGUUGACGUUAAGAAAAACAAAAGUGUGAGGAUGCUACAAUGGAGAAAUCUGCAUGCAGUGUUACGCCUGGUACUACUGUAGUACUGUCUGUGUAAAACUACUUGAAGUGCAUUACAUUUGUGUUUCCUACGACUACAAGUUUUCUGCUUGCACGAGCAAAGAAAAUACAGUGGACCAUGAUUAUGUCGACUCCCCUUGGAGUGGCUGACUCGCCUUGACACAAGCGGUUGUUGACGUAAUUGGUUGUUGACACGAGCGGUUUUCGACAUCAAGGGUUGUUGACGACUGCUUGUCUCAAAAGAGCAAUUUGUUGGCAUAGGCGGUUGUUGACAAAAGUGAUUGUCUCUAAGGCAGGGGUCACCAACUUUUUUGAAGCCAAGAGCUACUUCUUAGGUACUGAUUAAUGCGAAGGCCCACCAGUUUGAUACACACUUAAAUAAAUUGCCAGACAUAGCCAAUUUGCUCAAUUUACUUUUAAUAAAUAAAUCCAUAUAUAUAAAAAAUGGGUAUUUCUGUCUGUCAUUCCGUCUUACAUUUUUUUUCCUUUUACGGAAGGUUUUUUGUAGAGAAUAUUUUAACGGUUUAAAACAGGAGAAUACACGAAAAAAAUGAAAAUUAAAUUUUGAAACAUAGUUUAUCUUCAAUUUCGACUCUUUAAAAUUCAAAAGUCAACCGAAAAAAAUUUGAAAAACUAGCUAAUUCGAAUCGUUUUGAAAAAAUUAAAAUAAUGAUUUAUGGAACGUCAUUAAUAAUUUUUCCUGAUUAAGAUUAAUUUUAGAAUUUUGAUGACAUGUUUUAAAUAGGUUAAAAUCCAAUCUGCACGUUGUUAUGAUAUAUAACAAAUUGGACCAAGCUAUAUUUCUAACAAAGACAAAUCAUUAUUAUUUCUAGAUUUUCCAGAACAAAAUGUUUUAAAGAACUUCAAAAGACUUUGAAAUACGAUUUAAAUUUGAUUCUACAGAUUUUCUAGAUUUGCCAGAAUUUUUUUUUUUAAUUUUAAUCAUAAUAAGUUUGAAGAAAUAUUUCCCAAAUAUUCUUCGUCGAAAAAACAGAAGCUAAAAUGAAGAAUAAAAAUAAAAUGUAUUUAUUCUUUACAAUAAAAUAAAAAAUACUUGAACAUUGAUUUAAAUUGUCAGGAAAGAAGAGGAAGGAAUUUAAAAGGUAAAAACGUAUGUGUUUAAAAAUCCUAAAAUCAUAUUAAAGGUUGUAUUUUUUCUCUAAAAUUGUCUUUCUGAAAGUUAUAAGAAACAAAGUAAAAAAAUAAAUUAAUUUAUUUAAACAAGUGAAGACCAAGUCUUUAAAAUAUUUUCUUGGAUUUUCAAAUUCUAUUUGAGUUUUGUCCCUCUUAGAAUUAAAAAUGUCGAGCAAAGCGAGACCAGCUUGCUAGUAAAUAAAUACAAUUUAAAAAAUAGAGGCAGCUUACUGGUAAGUGCUGCUAUAUGAGCUAUUUUUAGAACAGGCCAUCUGGUCCUUACGGGCUACCUGGUGCCCGCGGGCACCGCGUUGGUGACCCCUGAUCUAAGGGGUUGUUGACAUAAGGUUGUCAACGUAAUAGGUUAUUGACAUGUUCAGCGAUCAAUGACAACUGCCUAUGCCAACACCUGGCUAUGUCGACACAACUUGUUUUCGGCACAGGCAAUUGUCGACACAAACAGUCGUCAACGUAAGCGAUUGUCAGCGUAGACGAAACGAGCCAUCGCUUGUACAUUUACUUGUGACUUUGUCAAUAGACAUGAGAAGAAUGAGUGUUAAUAAAGAAUUGUUAAUUGUU